AUGCGAGCAGGUGGUGCACCGGUUCCAUCGAUAAGGGGUAUACCCAUUCUCUUGGCCGCAGGCGACACAGUGAGCGAAGAAGACGAUGCCUUCGUUUGCUGGGUGCACCAUCUUGAGGCCAGAGGCCAAUUGCGCAAGCGCACGCGCUAUGUUUCGGCUACUAAGGUAGCCGCGAGUGUUGGUCAGUCUGUGGCCAACAACCCGCCAACCCGCACCACUAGUGGUGGGGAACGGCCUCGGCCUCGAGACGACCAUGGCCACGAUGCUCAAAAGCCUCCAAAGCAUAUGGGCAGUCUUGCCGAAGGGGUACCUCAAAUUCCCAUGAGUUUUCAGACUCAGGGUACCCACGCCACUUUACCAGAUACUGGUAUUGGCCCUGACGACGACGUCGUUUCAGUAGUCUCUCGACAUGAAAUUGACGACACCCAUGCUCAUCGAGCAGAGUCGGUGGCGGCCGGUGUACCGGUGGAGGCCCACGAGAAAUUGGUUCUCGAAGUGAAGGGUCUUCAAGAGGCCUUGGAUAAGACCCAGUGCAUGCUGGAUGCGAUGCAAAGCCACCUUCAGGCGAUGGAGCAAGCUCAAAUUAGGAGCGAGGCUCAGUUGGACUUGCUGAUUCGUCUACAUCAAUCCGGUGCAAUGCUCUUGUCGUCGGCGCAAGCGCCUUCAAUUUCACAUGGGAAGGAUCCCGGUACGGCUUAA